AUGAAUCGGCUGUUCGGUCGGCCAAAGCCAAAGGAACCGCCUCCAACGUUGACCGACGCCAUCGGCAACGUUGAUUCGCGUUGCGAGUCGAUCGACAAGAAGAUCUCGCGUCUGGACGGCGAACUGGGCAAGUACAAGGAUCAAAUGAGAAAGCUUCGCGACGGUCCAGCGAAAAACGCCGUUAAACAGAAGGCUUUAAGGCAUGUGAUAGUUUUAAAACAGAAGCGUCUGUACGAAGGUCAAAGAGAUCAGCUUCUACAACAAAGCUUCACCAUGGAACAGUCGAACUACACAAUCCAGACCCUUCAAGACACGCAUGUUACUGUAAACGCGAUGAAGACCGGCCUGAAGGAGAUGAAGAAACAGUACAAGAAUAUCAACAUCGACAAGAUUGACGAUCUGCAGGAUGACCUGGCCGAUAUGCUGGAGCAGGCCAAUGAAGUUCAGGAAGCACUUAGUCGCAACUAUGCGACCCCGGAUAUAGACGAAGACGAGUUAGAAGCGGAACUCGAAGCACUCGGCGACGAAAUGGCCGAAGAUGCCGACGCGUCAUACCUGGACGAGGCGGUUAGUGCACCGAUAACCCCCGGUAAACAGCCGCCCGGUAAAGAGCCGACUGCGCUUACCACAGAUGUGCCCGUUGACGAAUUUGGCCUUCCGAAAAUUCCUGCUUAA